AGUUGUAGGCCCCCUCAGCUGAUGUGAAACUAGCAGGGGUAGAGAGAGAAAAGAGGAGCUGCUGGUGCACUGUCUGUUACAACUACAACACUGGAACAAAUAGUGAAUGGUAGUGUCUAGAAAGGGUAUGUCCCUUCAGGAGAGAGGUGCCAAUGUCCAACCGGCCUAAUUCCAAUCCAGGGGGGUCACUGCGCCGUUCACAGAGGAACACUGCUGCGGCCCAGCCACAAGACCACACAGUUGCAGGAAGGUUGCAGUCAGAGCAAGUCAAACAUAAAGCAAAUUCCCCACCUGAAAGUAGAAGACCUAAUUCUAAGGCUUCCAAAGCCACGGCCAGCUCAGCCACUGGUCUGUCCAGAGGGCACAGCUCAAGAAGCAGAAGCGAUCUUACUGUGUCCGUGGCUUCCUUUGUGUUGCAAGACGAGCCAGAGGCUGCAGGGACAUCUGAACAAGAGCGACCAGGCCACCAGUCAAAGAGUGAAGGCACCCGAGGGCUGAAGCGAAGUGAAGCUCCUGACCAAAUUAGUACCUUCGGACCGACCCCUGCCAAGAAGCCCAAAUCGCUCCCACCACCCAGAGACAAUACCUCAGAGACCAAGAAAGGCCCAGCUAAGUCCAAGAAGAGAUCACUUGCUUCAGAACCACCUGCAUCGUCAGGUCGAGGCCAGAGUAAGAAGAGCGGGGCCGCUGGGGCCUCACCAAUUCAGAAACGGAAGAAAACGGACUCCCUCCCCGGUCUAAGCAGCACCGCUGGGUCCCUCCCCAAUCGUACCGAGGGCAGAACUGCAAAACCCACCAAGCUGGCGUCUAAAUCGGCCGCCUCAGCCAAAGCUGGGUGUAGCAACGUGACAGACUCCUCUUCCUCCUCUGCCUCCACCUCUUCCUCUUCCUCCACCACAGGCACCAACAGCGCCACCACGCAGGGCGCCCGAGUUAAACAGGGAAAAGAUCAGACCAAGGCACGACGCUCUCGCUCAGCCUCAAGCCCUUCCCCCCGCCGUAGUACCCGUGACAAGGAGCAGGCCAAAACAGCCAGCUCUUCAAAGUUUGAGUGGGCAGCACGCUUCAACCCCAAAGUCAACCUGCCAAAACCCAAACUCUCCUUGCCCGGAUCCUCCAAAACUGAAACCUCCAAACCUGGGCCAUCAGGAUUACAAGCUAAACUAGCAAGUUUAAGGAAAUCCACUAAGAAGCGCAGCGAGUCUCCUCCAGCAGAGCUCCCCAGCUUUCGGCGGAGCACACGCCAGAAGACCACGGGCUCCUGUGCCAGCACCAGUCGGCGGGGCUCAGGCCUGGGCAAGCGCGGGGCAGCCGACGCUCGCCGACAGGAGAAAAUGGCCGACUCUGACAACAACCAGGAUGGGGCCAACUCGUCAGCUGCUCGCACUGAUGAGGCAUCACAAGGGGCUUCAGCUUCAAGCUCUGUUGCUGGAGCUGUGGGCAUGACCACCUCUGGAGAGAGCGAGUCUGAUGACUCUGAAAUGGGAAGGCUUCAAGCCCUACUGGAGGCUAGGGGUCUCCCUCCACAUCUUUUUGGACCCCUGGGCCCCCGCAUGUCACAGCUGUUUCACAGGACUAUUGGCAGUGGAGCAAGCUCCAAGGCUCAGCAGCUACUACAGGGUCUGCAGGCCACAGGUGAUGAGUCUCAGCAGCUCCAAGCUGCGAUUGAGAUGUGCCAGCUGCUGGUGAUGGGCAAUGAGGAAACACUUGGAGGAUUCCCUGUCAAGAGUGUGGUGCCCGCUUUGAUUACACUGUUACAAAUGGAGCAUAACUUUGAUAUUAUGAAUCAUGCCUCUCGUGCACUCACAUAUAUGAUGGAGGCACUCCCUCGAUCCUCUGCUGUGGUGGUUGAUGCUAUUCCUGUCUUCCUGGAGAAGCUUCAGGUGAUACAGUUCAUUGACGUAGCAGAGCAGGCCCUGACUGCCCUGGAGAUGUUGUCAAGGCGACACAGCAAAGCCAUUUUGCAGGCUGGUGGGCUUGCUGACUGCCUCCUCUACCUAGAGUUCUUUAGCAUCAAUGCUCAGAGGAAUGCCUUGGCCAUUGCAGCCAACUGCUGUCAGAGCAUUACUCCAGAUGAGUUCCACUUUGUUGCGGAUUCUCUGCCACUGUUGACUCAGAGACUCACACACCAGGAUAAAAAGUCAGUCGAAAGCACUUGCCUCUGUUUCGCCAGAUUGGUAGACAACUUUCAACAUGAGGAGAACCUGUUGCAGGAGGUGGCGUCACGGGACCUGUUGACCAACAUUCAGCAGCUGCUGGUAGUGACCCCUCCUGUUCUCAGCUCGGGGAUGUUUAUCAUGGUUGUGCGCAUGUUUUCCCUGAUGUGCUCUAACUGCCCCUGCCUGGCAGUCCAGCUUAUGAAACAGAACAUAGCAGAAACUCUACGUUUCCUCUUGUGUGGUGCAUCAAAUGGCAGCUGCCAGGAGCAGAUUGAACUGGUACCCCGGAGCCCCCAGGAGCUCUAUGAACUGACUUCCCUCAUAUGCGAGCUGAUGCCCUGCCUGCCUAGAGAGGGCAUCUUUGCAGUCGAUGUAAUGCUGAAAAAGGGCAGUGCCCAGACAACAGAGGGAGCGAUCUGGCAGUGGAGGGAUGACAGGGGACUGUGGCAUCCUUACAACCGCAUUGACAGCCGCAUCAUUGAGCAGAUUAAUGAAGACACAGGAACUGCACGUGGUAUCCAGAGGAAACCAAAUCCUCUUGCCAACCCUAAUACAGGGAGUCACCAAGAGGUUCGUCGAGAAGAUGCCCGAGCUCAGUUGAUGAAGGAGGACCCUGAGCUGGCGAAGUGCUUUAUCAAAACUCUGUUUGGGGUCUUGUAUGAAGUGUACAGCUCAUCGGCCGGCCCUGCUGUCAGACACAAGUGCCUUAGAGCCAUCCUCAGGAUCAUCUACUUUGCUGAUGCAGAGCUACUGAAGGAUGUGCUGAGGAACCAUGCUGUGUCCAGUCACAUUGCCUCAAUGCUAUCCAGCCAGGACCUAAAGAUUGUAGUGGGUUCUCUGCAGAUGGCUGAGAUCCUCAUGCAGAAGCUGCCUGAUGUUUUCAGUGUCUAUUUCAGAAGAGAAGGUGUGAUGCACCAGGUAAAGAAUUUGUCAGAGUCGGAGAGCUUUCUAGUCACUAGUCCGCCAAAGGCUUGCCCUAGUGGCACUGCCAGUUUGUGCACUACCACCAUCAGCACUGCAUCCACCACAUCUGCUAAUAAUGCAACUCCUGAGCUGGGCUCACCCAGCUUCCAGCACAGCAUGGACGACUCACUGGACCUCAGCCCACAGGGGCGGUUAAGUGAUGUCCUAAAGAGGAAACGGCUACCUAAAAGAGGGCCCAGAAGGCCCAAAUACUCUCCCCCAAGAGAUGAUGAUAAAGUAGACAAUCAAGCCAAGAGCCCUACCAGUACUCAGUCACCCAAAUCAUCUUUCUUGGCCAGUCUUAAUCCUAAAACCUGGGGCAAGCUGGGUGCCCAGACCAACAAUGCUAACUCGGAGCCCUCACGCACAGCGGGAGUGAGUGGUCUGGCAAGGGCACCUCCCAAGGACUCAAUUUCAAAUAACAGAGACAAAAUAAAAGCUUGGAUCAAAGAACAGGCAAGUAAGUUUGUGGAGCGCUACUUCAACUCUGAAAAUGUGGAUGGCAGCAACCCUGCACUGAAUGUACUCCAGAGACUUUGCACAGCCACUGAGCAGCUCAACCUCCAGGUGGACGGUGGUAUGGAGUGCCUGGUGGAGAUCUCCAAUAUUGUAUCGGAGUCUGACGUGUCGUCUUUUGAGAUCCAGCACAGUGGACUGGUGAAGCAGCUCCUGGUCUACCUGACCUCCAACACUGACAGAGACUUGCUCAGCCGCGACGUGCGGCUCAAGAGGUUCCUUCAUGUGUUUGCUGGCUGUCCGGUUCCAGGAAUGGAGCCUGUAAGUCGUCUGGACCCAACAGAGAAUGGUCCGUACUUGGCACUAGUGCAUAAAAUGAACAGCUGUCUGAGCCAAAUGGAGCAGUUUCCUGUCAAAGUGCAUGAUUUCCCCAGUGGCAACGGCAAUGGCAGCAGGGGCUCUCAGGCAUUGAAAUUCUUCAACACACAUCAGCUCAAGUGUCAGCUGCAGAGACACCCAGAUUGCACUAAUGUUAAACAGUGGAAAGGCGGUCCUGUGAAGAUAGACCCCCUGGCCCUGGUGCAAGCCAUUGAAAGAUAUCUCGUUGUUAGAGGGUACGGCCGAAUCAGAGAAGAGGAUGAAGACAGUGAUGACGACGGUUCAGAUGAUGAAAUCGAUGAAUCACUGGCGGCACAGUUCCUGAACUCUGGCAGUGUACGUCACAGACUACAGUUCUACAUUGGUGACCACCUGCUACCAUACAACAUGACUGUAUACCAGGCUGUACGGCAGUACAGUCUUCAGGCAGAAGAAGAAAGAGAGUCGACAGACGAUGAGGCAAACCCACUUGGGCGAGCUGGCAUCUGGACCAAAACUCACACAAUAUGGUAUAAGCCUGUGAGAGAGGACGAGGACGGCAGCAAAGACGCUGUGGGUGGAAAGCGGGGCCGAGCCCAGACUGCUCCCACCAAAACCUCACCUCGUAACGCCAAGAAGCAGGAUGAGCUGUGGCAUGAUGGUGUGUGUCCCAGUGUCAUCAAUCCCUUAGAGACAUACCUCACUUCGGAGCCACCAGAGACCAUAACCUUUGAUGACCCCUCUUUAGAGGUCAACCUGCUGCUGAGGGUCCUGCACUCCAUCAGUAGAUACUGGUUUUACUUGUAUGAUAAUGCUGUGUGUAAGGAAAUCAUCCCUACCAGUGAGUUCAUUAACAGUAAGCUGACAGCCAAAGCUAACCGUCAGCUACAAGACCCACUGGUCAUCAUGACGGGAAACAUCCCUACUUGGCUCAUUGAGCUCGGAAAGACGUGUCCUUUCUUCUUCCCCUUUGACACCCGGCAGAUGCUAUUCUACGUAACUGCCUUUGAUCGUGACCGAGCCAUGCAACGCCUACUGGACACAAACCCUGAGAUCAACCAAUCAGAUUCUCAGGACAGCAGAGUUGCACCGCGUCUUGACAGGAAGAAGAGGACGAUAAACCGCGACGAGUUGCUGAAACAGGCAGAGUCUGUGAUGCAGGACCUCGGCAGCUCCAGGGCAAUGUUAGAGAUUCAGUAUGAGAACGAGGUUGGCACAGGUCUUGGCCCCACUCUGGAGUUCUAUGCUCUGGUGUCUCAGGAGCUCCAGCGGGCUGAUCUCGGCCUGUGGAGGGGCGAAGAGGUCACGCUGGCCAAUCCUAAAGGUAGCCAAGAGGCAACUAAGUACAUGUUCAGCUCCAGAGGACUGUUUGCUGUUCCCUUCGGCAGGACAACCAAACCAGCACACAUAGCCAAAAUCAAAAUGAAGUUCCGUUUCUUAGGAAAGCUAAUGGCGAAAGCCAUUAUGGACUUCAGAUUGCUGGACUUACCCCUGGGGCUGCCAUUUUAUAAGUGGAUGCUACGGCACGAGAUGUCCAUAAGCUCCCAUGACCUGGUGAACAUUGACCCCGGUGUGGCAAAGUCCAUCCAGCACUUGGAGGAUAUUAUCCGCCAGAAAAAGAGGCUGGAACAGGACAGAUCACAGACGAGGGAGACCCUACAGCAGGCACUGGAGAGCCUGAACAUGAACGGCUGCUCAGUGGAGGACCUGGGUUUGGACUUCACCCUUCCAGGAUACCCCAACAUUGAGCUGAAAAAGGGCGGCAAAGACUUUGCAGUCACAAUCUACAACCUGGAGGAGUACCUCAGGUUGGUGGUGUACUGGACUCUAAAUGAAGGGGUGUCCAGACAGUUUGAGUCAUUUAGGGAGGGGUUUGAGUCCGUCUUCCCCUUGCAUCACCUGCAGUAUUUCUACCCAGAGGAGCUUGACCAGUUGCUGUGUGGUAGUAAAUCAGAGACAUGGGACGUAAAGACACUGAUGGAAUGCUGUCGACCGGACCACGGCUACACACAUGACAGCCGUGCCGUACGGUUCCUGUUUGAGGUGUUGAGCAGCUUUGAUGCCGAGCAGCAAAGACUUUUUCUGCAGUUUGUCACAGGAAGCCCCAGACUACCUGUCGGUGGUUUCCGGAGCCUGAAUCCCCCUCUGACGAUUGUGAGGAAGACAUUUGAGUCAACAGAGAACCCGGAUGACUUCCUCCCCUCAGUUAUGACCUGUGUCAACUACCUGAAGCUGCCUGACUACUCCAGCAUAGAGAUAAUGCGAGAGAAACUGUUGAUUGCGGCCCGCGAGGGCCAGCAGUCUUUCCACCUUUCCUGAUCUCUCCACAUCUCACAUUCAAAUGCCUUCUACAGCGACUGAUGAAAUCAUGACUUCCUUCUUAGUUUUUUGUAACCACAUACAUUAAGGCUACAUGUACAGCCUUCUUGUUAGAGAAAGCAGCUUGCAGAAAAAUUAAGACUCUAAAUAUAUAUUUGCUGCCCCAGUCUCUCAAAAACAAAAAUGGUUCCAUGACUCACAGAACUUAAAAUAUAAAAAAGAGAGAAAGUAAAACUUAUAUCAGUAGUUGAGUAAUGUUAAAAAAAAAAA